AUGUCUACCUCGUGUGGUUCGAUGCCGAGCGCCGCAGAGUCUGAGCUACCUGCAGAUGUGUAUUUGAAUCGAUUCAAUGUCGAUUUUUACUUAGAGGAUGCUCUUGGGCGCCUAGAGGAUUUCGUGUCCACCAUGCGGCAGCAACAGAAUCAAGGUGCAACUGCUUCCUCGUCAAGUUCAUCAGCAGGCACUGGUGCAAACGCGAGUGGAAGUGGAACGGGGUCGAGUGCAGCUGGUGGAGGGAGUGCGACUAAUGAUGGAGAAGGGAAUGCCAAUGCGUCUUCUGGCGAUGCGCCUGCUGGGGGUCAAACGCCUAGUGGAACAAAUGCAGCAUCUUCAGCUUCUGGUGACCAAAGUGCAAAUGCUGCCGCAGGGUCGACGAACGUGGAUCCUCGUCAGUCGUUACAAGAACAACUGCGCUUUCUUGGGAAUUACUUUUUCGGUGUGCUCGACGGACAGCAUGUGACCUGUGAGAGCAGAAGUUUUGCGUAUGUGAGCGCGACGCCGUGGAAUAGACGCGCAUUCGUGACACGGGCUCAAACACAAUUGUUUGUGCGUCUUCGCGCUGCUCCCGCAGUGGCAAGUUUAGGAGUCGUGGACGAACCGGAGGAACCGACGGAAGAUCAUGCUCAAUGCGACGUGGGUGAUGAGGGGGAACACCAAGUUACGGCAGGCGAGGCUACAGAAGAAGGCAAUGGUAACGCCACAACAGCGGGAUCUUCAUCAUCCAGUUCAGUCGCUGAAAAAGAAAAUGAGAGUGUACCGUCGCCAGAGCUGAAGAAAGAUUUUAGUUGCACGCUUGCGGAUUUUCAUGCACUGUUGCAGACGAUCUGCUUAGACUAUCCACUCACUGGCGCAUGGCGCGAUGUUUUGGAGCUUUUGCUUGAACCGCUCUCGGCCUCUCGGAUUUCGACAGUUCCUGCUCUUGCGCAAGAAAAAUUCAGUACUUCCAUAGAGUGUUUGACGAAAAAGGUUUUAAUGUUCACUCACAUUAUGGCUACCCAAAAUGCCUGUCUUUAGACAAAGAUGAAAGAGAAAGUCACAAUAGUUCUCAUGAUAGAUACUUGCUCCUAGAUACGGACAUUCCGCCGAAAGAGGUGCCGAGCAAAGGAGCAGCGCAGGAGGCGUGGAAGCAGGCUGGUGGUCCAGAGGAUAACCCACCUCAAGGCGCCGGCGUUGCAGGAGAUAACAUUCCUGUGCGUCGAUACUCCAUGGCGCAGCUAGAGAAUGCGUGGGCAUUUUACUUUGUGUACAGCGAUUUUGUAGACGAGCUCCGAGUUGCUUACCGAACCACGCACGUAUUGAGGCGGGCGAAGCUGCUGGGCAUGAUUCAGAGUUGUCGCGCGCGGAGUGGGGAAGCGUGGCUGGACUACAUACAAAUUGAGAAAGUUUUCGAAAAAUGGGUGGGUGACAUCAAGCCAGCUGGCAGUACGACUUACUCCUAUUCACUUUCUUCUUCUAUGUAUGCAGAGCGUUUGAUUCUGGAUUAGGCUCCUUUUAUUCGAUUUUGGAUUAUCCUUACAAUUUAGUCGUUUGUUAUGUUCCAACUUACAACUGGUUACUUUUUAGACGUCUACAAUUUGUUGUGCAAUCAGUUCGUUAACAUAAUCGAUGCCGCGGAUUUCAAUCAGGUGAGCGUGCGAGUCGAUGGGCGCGUAACGCUCUGGACCGAGAGGACGAAGCAGCGUACUCUUUUAAGGAGCUCUUUGCACGGCUGGCUGCAGAUAUCGGUCCCCAUAGCGGGAUGGACGAUAGCUUUCGAGGACUUGAGGAGAGAAAUGCGGCUAAUGCGCUUCGUCAAAGAUUGUCGUGGACUGCACAGCAUGAAGACGAGGAGCGAAGACGGCGCUCGCGGGAGAAAAAGAUGUCGAACUCACGCAAGCGACGAAACCGAAGGAACUAA